AUGCAUGCAGAAGAAAAAGUGACCCCAACACGAGCAGGAGAGGCUAGCGGAAGAAAAAGUAUAGAUACUCCCACUAGUGCUGAAGAAGAGGCUGCUACUAUUCUAAGUGAAGUUCUGGGUGAUCUACACCGACAUGCUGAAGCACCUAUAGAAAAAGAACAUGUCGUAGCACCGGUUACAACAUCUUCUGCAACAUCUGACAGUUCACAUAGUUCUGAUGAGAUCCCACUCAAAGAUCGUGUUGCCCAAAUUGCUAAAGGGAAGAAAGCAAGGGAGAAACCAUCAGUAAGUUCUAAGAAAGAAAAGAAGAAGAAGGUAACCCAACAGGCAAAAGACGGUGAUGAAGAAAGAUUCCUUGAUAAAGCAUCCAAGAAGAAGUUUGAGUCUGUUGAAGAGAGAGGUAUUGUGGUUGAAAGAAUGAUUGAUGAGUUGGCAUUUGAGAAGUUUGUGCUGAUUAAGUUAUUGCAAGAAAGGAGUCUAUACAAGUCUGCAACAUUUCCAGAAAGUUACAGUUUGUCUUUAGUUCAGGAAUUCUACAGUAAUCUACUGCCAUCUGACAAAGGCAUCACUAGACUUUAUGUUCGAGGUAAGUGGAUUCCUUUUACUCCAGCUUGCCUAAACAGAUUCCUGGAGUUUAAACUAGAGGUGAAGGGCAACUAUGAAGAAGGGCUGGAGCUGAAUGAGGAAAAUUGGUUACCAGUCCCACACAACUCUAAUAUAGUAAAGGAACUCGCACUGUUAUUGUUUGCUAUUGGAACUGGCAAGAAGUUUAAUUUGGGAAGGCUGAUCUUCCAAACUAUUGUGAAAGAAGCUGACUACACAAGCUCCUCAACAUCACUUGGGUAUCCUGGACUGCUGUCGUAG